CCCGGGGGCGAGACUGGUCCGGCGCUAUAUAAUCUUCCCGGCUCGGUGGAUGAAACCAGCGCACUGAAUCAGAAACGAGAAACAAACAAAUAUACAUUGAACAUACAAACAUGGUGAAGAUCACUUUCCAGCCAGUUUCGGCGCAGAAGCCUGAAAAAGAGAACGAUGGAGACAAGAUCAUUAUACCUCAGGCUCACGAGCAGCUGGUUCUUCCUGUCAGGCCCAAGAAGCCAUUUCCAACUGGCCUGUGCUGCCUCACCUUUGGCCUGGUGGUUUUCAUGUCAGGGCUGGUGCUAGCCUCUGUCUACAUCUAUCGCUACUACUUUAUACCUCAGCAGAUCCCGGAGGACAGCUUGUUCCACUGCCGGGUUGUCUAUGAGGACUCUGUGUAUGCUCCUCUGAGGGGGCGGCAAGAACUCGAGGAGAACGUCGGCAUCUACCUUGAUGAUAACUAUGAACAGAUCAGUGUACCUGUGCCACACUUUGGAGGCAGUGACCCCGCUGAUAUCAUCCACGACUUUCAGAGGGGCCUCACAGCCUAUCAUGACAUUGCUCUGGACAAAUGCUACAUCACCGAGUUGAACACAACCUUGGUGAUGCCUCCACGCAACCUGUGGGAGCUGCUUGUCAAUGUCAAGAGAGGGACGUACCUUCCUCAGACUUACAUCAUCCAGGAGGAGAUGGUGGUGACAGGGAGGGUGAGGAACAUGAGACAGCUGGGCCCAUUCAUCCACAGGCUCUGCUAUGGCAAAGAAACCUACCGCCUCAGACGCCGUAACCAGCACCGACGUAUUGAGAGGCGUGAGACAAAGAAGUGCCAUAGCAUUCGCCACUUCGAGAACACUUUUGUGGUUGAGACCGUCAUCUGCAACAGGGUCUAAAUCUGAGGCGGAAAUCACAGCCAUCCAACACUGAAGCCAAUUUCAAACCAUACCUCUUAAAUUAUUUAGGCUUUUAACUGCACUUUAAGAGCAAGUAUUUGUCCAACAGUUUCAAUUUUAAUGUUUGUUUGUUUUUGUUUUUUGUCUCAAGUUGGAAUACUCUUUUAUUGUUCAUGUACAAUGUUAGUCUUUUUUAUUCAGAUAGUCUGUAUAUUUGGAUGAUGUUAUAAAUGUGUUUGGAUAUACCUGUAGCUUGUCAUGUCGUGCAGACAAAGUUAAUGUUUGUCAGUUUGUGAUAUUUUCAUCAGAGGAGUUGAUUUAAUUUUAGACUUGUCUUUAUUGUUAUUUAGUAACCCAGUGCACUAUGGGUGAUGGAAAGGAAACUUGGAAGCUGCUUUCACUGUGCACUUGUAUGAAUAUUUAUUUUUUGUUUGUUAAUUUAUUUUGUUUGAAGGUCAGAAAAUGGCAAAACAUACCUCAUGUAGUUUAGAUGUUUCUUUGCUGGUUUUUAUCAUUAAUGAAUGGUGUAUAUAACUUUGAUUGUUCCUAAGCAAUAUAUACUGUAAAUUGAUUUUCUUCUGGAUUUCAUAUUGUUACAUGCAUAGAUUUUUAUCUGAAAUCGACUUGUUUUGCGAAUGAUCAUUUCUUAAUGGUUUGUCUCUAUAUUUCCUUUGGUAUCACACUUUCCUACUCCUUGGAUAUAAAUGGCUUUAGACUGUAAUUAGUAGCAGUGCUUCAGAGGGACAAAAGGAACCAAAGGAAGUCUGCAGUCAGCGAUGCUAUGCUUAGUGUUAUGGAUAUAUGAAAUAUUUAGUAAGAAUGCUUUAUAGUCUAGAUCACUUACUGUAGAUGAUAUCAAAGGCUAAAACUUUCUUCCUCCUCUUCUCUUGGAUUUGCCUGUUGUCUUCAGCUCUUGCCGGUUCCCUAUCUUUCCUAUCUUGCCAUUAUUAUCUCUACAAUGUUGAUUUGUCCCAAUUUAAAAAAGAUUUGGGGUGUCUUUCUAAUGUGCAACCUGGAGCAAAUCAGUCUGUUGAGAGGGUCCUGUGAUAUGUGCUCAUAUUUCAUCGUCUUGGAUACUUAAUUUGGCUGUACAGUCGAUUUUUCUUGUAAUAUCUUGCUGCUUUAAGAAUAAAUGAUCAAACUUUA